AUACUCAUAUAUCUCCAUCUCUCUUGUACAUUUUUCAUGAGUCCAAAAAGCCACUGCCCAUUGUCUUUUCUUUCACUAUCUCCUCUUCAAUAAAUACCAUGUACAUUUCUUAGAACUCUCUUGUUUAUGCUCUCACUUGUGCAAAUGGGUUAGCAAAGAUUCAUACUUUAAGCCUCUCUCUUUUUAUUCACUCAUCUUUUUGGCCUUCUGGGCUUCUUUCCAAACAUGACUUUUUCUUCUUGAAUUCACUACCCUUCUUUUUAUUCACUGUACCCAUGUCAUCAUGUUUGAAUACAUGUAAGUCUUGUGCCAAGAAUUGACUUUAUUCUUGAUAAAAAUCCAAUCUUUCUGCAUUUGCUUCUUUUUGUGCAUCACUUGUUUGAUAUUCCAUCUGGGUGAAAAAAAACACACACAAAAAACAAGUGUGUGUUUAUGGACAUUGAUUUGAACCAUGUUGUGAGUGAGGUGGAGGAGGCUGCAGUUUGCUGUUUGUCCUCUUUAACUUCUUUAAGCUCUUCUACUAUUUCAACUACAAUGACUGAUGGUGGUGCUGCUGCUGCUCCAAUGUUCAUGGAGCUUUGGCAUGCUUGUGCUGGCCCUUUGAUCACACUUCCCAAGAGAGGAGAUUUAGUUGUUUAUUUCCCACAAGGCCAUUUGGAACAAGCUGCCUCUGACUUGAGUUUCCCACACAUUGAAGCUUCUAACUUUGGCCUCAGCCCUCAGAUUUUUUGCAAGAUUAUGGAUGUUCAGCUACUGGCAAAUAAAGAUAAUGAUGAGGUCUACACACAGCUAACUCUCCUUCAGGUUCCAGAACCAGAGUUUCCGGCAACAAAUUCAGACGAAAAGCAAAAUGAAUACCUUGGGUUGGACAAUGAGGAGCGUGGUGCUACACCCACAAAAACAACCCCUCACAUGUUCUGCAAGACCUUGACUGCAUCUGAUACCAGCACCCAUGGAGGAUUUUCUGUUCCGCGUAGAGCUGCUGAAGACUGUUUUGCACCUCUGGAUUACACACAACAGAGGCCCUCUCAGGAGCUUGUUGCCAAGGAUUUGCAUGGAGUGGAGUGGAGGUUCCGUCACAUUUACAGAGGUCAGCCAAGGCGACAUCUGCUAACAACUGGGUGGACUAAUUUUGUAAGCCAGAAGAAUCUUGUUUCUGGAGAUGCAGUCCUCUUUCUAAGGGGUGAAAAUGGAGAGCUACGAUUGGGAAUCAGAAGGACUGUACGACCUAGAAACGAGCUUCCAGACUCAGUUCUUGGAAACCAGAAAUCUUAUCACACUGUUCUUUCCUCAGUAGCUAAUGCUAUAUCCACUAAUAGCCCCUUUCACGUUUUCUACAACCCAAGGGCUAGUCAUGCUAAAUUUGUGGUGAGCUAUCAGGAUUAUGUUAAAAGCAUCGCGAGUCAAAUUCCCAUAGGUGCAAGAUUUAAGAAAAAGUUUGUUAAGGAUGAUUCCUCAGAAAGAAGGUUCGGGGGUGUGGUUUAUGGUAUUCAGGAUCUAGAUCCAUACAAAUGGCCCAACUCAAAGUGGAGAUGCUUACUGGUCAGGUGGGAUGAGAAGGGUACAACUGGUUGUCAAAAUCGGGUGUCUCCAUGGGAGGUAGAUCUUUAUGUUUCACCCCCAUCCCUGAGCAUUCCGUCCUCUCCAGGGCUGAAGAAUUAUCGGAGCCAGGCAACUCCACAAGCGAACAUUAUUUCUGCAAGGAAUGGGUUCCUAGACUUUGAGGGAUCUUCAAUAUCCUCUAAGGUCUUGCAAGGUCAAGAAAUAGGUUUAGUAUCACCUUUUAAUGGAUGUGAUAAACUAAACUACCCACAUGAUAUUGAGAUGCAAUCCAUAAUGCAUCAAAGUAUUGCAUCACAUUGGAUGGGAAACACAGAUUCACAUGAAUUUGCAAGGGCUCAGCCAUCCAGUACUUACACAGGCUUUUUGGGAUCCAAUAAAAUUCCAACGGUCUUGCAAGGUCAAGAAAUUUGCUCAUUGAAAUUCCUGUCUGGAAAAUCUAAUGUCAAGCUUAGUGCUUGGGGUAAAGCAAUUGGUUAUGAUGUCCUCGACAUGCAUCAAAGAUCAAAAACCAAUUUCUACCCACUAGCUUCAGAAGGUACUCGAAACAUUUAUUUUCCUCAUAAUGAUGCCCAUAAAGCUGUUGACAAUUAUAACAUGGGCGCAUAUACCAACUAUGCAAAUGAAAAUGUUCUAUUGAACCCUUAUUGCCAUCAAACUGGGGUCACCAACCAUGAAGCUGAAAAGUUAAAUUCAUCAAAGGAACCUCGGUCAGAGUGUAUCAUAUCUUCAUCUCCCAAAUAUAAGGCGAACUCUAAAAUCGAGAAAGAUGGCAGCUUACAAAGCACGGUGACAGAUUGCAAACUAUUCGGUUUCUCCUUGACCGGAGAAACAUCAACUGCAAACUCCCAAUUUUCAUGCAAGAGGAUUUGCACGAAGGUCCAUAAAGAAGGAAACUUGGUUGGAAGAUCCAUUGAUCUCUCAAAGCUGAAUGGUUAUAAUGACCUACUCAUUGAACUAGAAUCGCUCUUUAGCAUGGAAGGCCUCUUAACAGAUCCUUCAAAAGGAUGGUGUGUUCUGUCCAGUGAUAAUGAGAACGGCAUAAUGGCUGUUGGUGAUGAUCCUUGGAACAAUUUCUGUGAAAUGGUAUCCAAGAUACAUAUAUACACCCAAGAAGAAGUGGCGAAAAUGAUGGGUGGGAUGAUCAGUGACGACACUCCGGAAGCACUACAGUAAUGGAUGCUAUAGUAUUCCUCGGUUAGGCAGCAAUUUUUUCUGCAGUUCAAUAAUCUUCACAGGCCAGCCAGACUAAUUACUUCCUCUACACUAAUCCAGUGUUAGAGUGUAGUAAGCUUGAUGAGAAUUUCAAAUUAUCAGUCUUGUUAAUUUAGCCACAGACCCAAAUCUUAUGCAAUAUGUUUAAUGUCUGUAUUUGAAUUUGAAGGUGCAGUUUAUUCAAAAGUGUGCUGUGUAACAUGUACUACGAUGCAUUAACCUAUGAAUAGUUCCUUUAUUA